AUGGAAGAUGUCAUUACAGAAAUCCCACCGCCUUCAAGAUUCUUUCAGGAAGAUUUGAAUAACUUUGCACCUCCAUCGCAGCCUCUUCCGUCCCCUUUCCUCUUGUUCUCUGAUCCUAAAACUGAACCACUGCGCCCAUCUCUUCUGAUCAUUACAUUAUCAUCUCCAUCUUGCUAUCUCUUCCAUAAUAUGUGCAAUAAGAUUCUGAUUGGAAGCCUCAUACUACCAGAAAUCCCUUUCUCAGGCAACUCUAUCGAACCAACUCUUGCCGACAAGUGUUGCAAUAUCUAUGCGCUCAAUGAUGCUGCAGAUUUGACUCUGCUUGUCUCCCUCAAGUGUUCUCUGAGUGCUGAGAGGUCCAACAUAGUUGCAAAACUGCUUGUUGGUAACCAAAUCAUUCCCGAGAGGGUUCUGAUUUUGGGUUCAGUUCAGAGCCAGAAUUUCCGUGGGAAGCUAUCACCAGACGAGACUUAUGCAUUCAAGCUGGAGACAUUAGCAGAGAGAGGAAACGGGUCAGAUAGUGGAGAGUCAUCCUUACUGGAGGGAGUCGACUACUUUCCAUCCGGGAGCAUGGUUGAUGGCUUGGCAGCUGCACUAUUGACUCAAUGCCAGAUAAGGAACAUCAGAGGGACCCUGUGUGUUUCAUGGCCUGACCAUGGCAGUGCAGUUGUAGCUCUGGUUAGGUCACUGUUGCAGAAGAAGGUAUUGCAUGGAUUUGACCUGAGCUCAACAGCUGGCAUCGAAGACAAGCAUUCGAGGAAAACCCAGAUCAAGGAUCAUGCUUUUGAUUCCGAGCUCUACACUUGA